CGCACCCGCCGUGCUCGUGGCCUUGUCCCUUGCCCAACCAUCAUCCCUCCUCUUGUAAUCGUGUGAACUAUCUAUAUAUUCAGGAUCAGGCGGCCUCCGAACACCAUCGUUCACAGUCACAGCUCCACAAACGAAGCACUGCAAACUCAAAUCACAGCUCUCCAGCUUCCAUUCAGGAAGAAAAAGAGAAGGGUCAGAGGACCAACCAUGAUCAGCGCCAAGAGGAUCGCUCAGCUGGCCAAGAAGUGGCAGAGGAUGGCGGCGCUCGGGAGGAAGCGCCUCGCCUGGCUUAAGGAGGAAGCCGACCACUGCUGCACAUCCGUGGCGAGCAAGGGCCACUGCGCGGUGUACACGGCCGACGGGGCGCGGUUCGAGGUGCCGCUGGCGUGCCUCGGCACCGCGGUCUUCGCGGAGCUCCUGCGGAUGUCGCAGGAGGAGUUCGGCUUCGCGGGCGGCGACGACGGCAGGAUCACGCUUCCCUGCGACGCGGCGGUGAUGGAGUACGCCAUGUGCUUUCUCAGGAGAGGCGCCUCUGCCGAGCUAGAGCAGGCGUUCCUGAGCACCAUAGCGAUGCCGUGCCACUAUGCGAGCCGUGUGGCGCCGCACGUAGAAGCCAGCCGGCAGGUUGCUGUCUAGAGUUGCAGUUCAGUGUAUGUAUAGUAGGGCAAAGAUAGGUGUUCUUCAGCGCCUUCUGAUCCUGCAGCGAUCAAGGUGUUAAAAGUACCAAGAAGUUCCUUUUCAAAAGAAAAUGCAAGAAGUUAGAGAAGCCAUUGUUAUCAUAUUCUUUGUACAUAAGUUUUACUGUGGGUAUCAGAGAUAUAUGGGUAAUCACAUUGCUAGGACUUACAUUA